AUGACAUUUCGAUAAUAAGAAUUUCGAUGUUAAAAUUAUGAAAUUGAAUUCCCAAAUCCUAAUCAGAAUUUGAAUUUCGAGAGUUUUACCGCGCGAAUCAGACUCGGCGCGUCUCACAAAAUGUCGAGCUACAUAACCCCUAUAAAAUCUGAAAACUGGACUAUAAACAAUGAAACUAGUGUGACAAGUGUUUACUUUUUGUGUACACAAAAAAUCUGUUGAAUUUUGUGCGAAAAAUCUGUCAGUGUGAAUAUUAAAAGAUGCCACGAUUGAGAAAAACAGUUCGCGGAGAGCAUAACCUCUUUAAAUACGAAAAUGCUUAUGAGGAUUUAGAAAAAGGUUUAUCUUUGAGAAUUGCCGCUAAGAGACAUGGAUUAUGUCACAUGUCGUUGAGCCGAUAUAAACAGAAAAGAAAAAAGGCCAGUGAAGAGAAUUCAACAGCAGUUAGUACAAUGGGUUAUGCCGCACAUAAUAAAGUUUUCACUGAUUCACAAGAAAAAAUAUUGUCAAAUUAUUUACUGAGGAGUUGUGAUAUUUAUUUUGGACUUUCGUCUAGAGAAAUCAGAAAAUUGGCAUUUGAAAUGGCCGUUGUUUAUAAUCUUGAAAGACCAAGUAAGUGGGAUGAAAAUAAAUCGGCUGGUAUUUACUGGUUCAAAUCUUUUAUGUUGAGAAAUCCAGAAUUAUCGGUAAGAACUGCUCAAGGCGAGAGUUUAUCCAGGGCGACUAGUUUUAAUCGAAUAAAUGUCGAUGCAUUUUAUGAUAAUUUGAAAAGUAUUAUGGAUCGUCAUGACUUUGAAGCUAAAAAUAUAUAUAAUUUCGAUGAACUUGGUGUCACGACGAUACAAAAGCAAGACAGAGUUGUAGCGCGUCGAGGAAGCGAACAAAUUGGGUCAAUAACAUCAGAAAAGGGAACUCUGGUCACAUUAGCUUUUACUGUAAAUGCUGUAGGAAAUGUACUUCCUCCAAUGUUUGUAUUUCCACGUGUUCGGUUUCGUGAUCAUUUCAUAAAAGAUGCUCCACUCGGUUCAGUAGGAGUAGCCAAUACUUCUGGUUGGAUGCAAGAUGAUAAUUUUCUUGAGUUUUUAAAACAUUUUCAGAAACAUACUCACGCUUCGAAAGAAAAUAAAGUAUUGUUAGUACUUGACAAUCAUUCGUCACAUAUACAUAUUAAUUGUUUGGAAUAUUCGAAGGAAAACGGAAUUGUGUUACUUUCUUUUCCACCCCAUUGUUCUCACAAACUUGAACCUUUAGAGAGUUCUUGCUUUGGUCCAUUGAAAAAAGCAAUAAAUUCCAGCUGCGAUGCUUGGUUAAGGAACAAUCCUGGAAAAACAAUGAAAAUACAGAACAUCCCCAGUAUCAUUGCUACUUCAAUGCCACAAGCUUUUACUUCAGGAAAUAUUCGCGAUGGUUUUCAAAAAACUGGUAUUUUUCCAAUGAAUCGAAACAUUUUCACUGAUCUUGAUUUUGCUCCGAGUUUUGUGACUUAUCGACAAAAUCCAAACAAUGACAAUCUGGAAAAUAACGACAACAAUCGUCAAGAUAUGGGAAAUAUUGCAAACGGAUUAGAAAUUAUAAUUGAAAAUAAACAGCCUGAAAUUGUGGAACCUGAAGCAGAAAUUUAAUCAAGAAAUUAAGAAAUCAAGAAAAACUCUCAAUAACAGGAGAAGAAAGAAGAGAAAAUCGGACACAUUCUUAAUAAUCUCUAAAAAAAAUCUCACAAAACUAUUGAAGAUUGUGUUUUGACAACUGUAAAAGUUUUUAGUUACAAGGAUUAUCACAAAUUUUCACCAAAACUUUAUCUCGAAAAAAUUAUAUAUUAUUAAUAAUAAUUAUAAAUGACAAAUUUUAUUAAUAAAAAAAAUAAAAUAAAAA